AUGAUCGAGAAGCCGCCCGCCAGGAUCGGAAACGUCUCCGGCGCGACGGGCGACCACCCGCACGCCAUGGCGCGCAUGAUCCGCUCCGGCAACGUCCAGGUCAUCACGGGCAACUGGCUUUCCGAGAUGAACAUCGCCUGGAACGCCAUCGCCAGGCGCGACGUCGACCCGGGUCUCGUGUAUGAGAACGGCUUCUACGAGCAGCUCGAGGCGUGCGUCGACGACGUCAUGGCCGGGGGCAUACGCGUCGUCACCAACGCCGGGGCGCUAAACACCGCCGCGCUGUUCGACAAGGUCAAGACGCUGUGCAGGGCGAGGGGGUACCCCGAGAGCGCGGUCGCCGCAGUACUGGGUGACGACGUGUCGGGCCUGCUGCGGGGCAGGUCGGGACGGAAAGACCUCUCGUUUCCGUACCUGGACCAUCCAGAGACCACGCUCGACGACUGGGGCUUCGAGCCCUGCUGUGGCAACGCGUACAUUGGCUGCUGGGGGAUCGUCGAGGCCCUGAGGGCGGGUGCGCGCAUCGUCAUCUGCGGCCGAUGUACCGACGCUUCGCCCGACUUCCUCCCCGAACUGGUCGACCUCGCUUUUCUGGUUGCCGAGAUCGCUCGCGACGGAGGGUGCGUCAUCAGUAAGACGACGGAGGGUGGCGGGCACGUAACCCGGCACACGGUCACGGCCCAGUUGAUGUAUGAGCUGCAGGGCCAUCUCUACCUCAACCCGGACGUGGUGGCCGACCUCUCGGACGUCCGCGUCGAGGAGUAG